CUUGGUGUAAAAAGAUAUUUUUGGAUAGUUAUUCGGCACCAACGCCUCUUCUGCCUGUUUGAUUUCUUGAUGCAUAUAAACUCACUAGUGAGGAGAAUACAAUUUACACUUGAAUCGGAAAAUGAACAAGGAGAAUUAGCUAUGCUGGAUUGUAAAAUCAAACGAACGAAAGAAGAAUUACCAAACAGUCUGUCCAGAGGUGUGAAGACUUCAAAUUGAAUUUUGCCUUGAAGAUGUCGCCUAGUAGGGCAAUGAAAGCCUCGCAAACCAACCAUCUAGCUCAGAGAACACAAACACAUCAAAAUAAUCCACCUGAGGUACAAAUCUUCCCCAUCAUACAUAUCAAGGCUGUUACAUGGGAAAUCUGCUUUCAACACAAAUCUCAACCAAACAGUCCUAUUCGAGGUGAAUCGUCAAUAUCUACACAUUGAAAUCAAAUGCAGAUAUAUCAGUUGGUUUUUGGUUAAAAGAUUUAUAAAUCGUAAAUAAUCGAUAUGUUAGAAGAUUAUUCGGUCAGUAAA